AUGAAGUUCGGAACGACGCUGCGCAAUGCCGUGUACGAGCCGUGGAGGGAGUCGUACGUCGACUACACCAAGCUCAAGAAGUUGUUGAGGGAGGACGAGCCGAGCAGAAAGGGAAAGGACGACACCUGGACCGACGAGGAUGCGCAAGCCUUCUACGGCGAGCUGGUCAACAACCAAUUGGAGAAGGUCACCAACUUCCACAAGUCGACAUACCAGAAGCUGCGCGACCGCACCGCCAAAUGCGAGUCCAAGCUGGACCCCGUCGCCAAAGCCGUUCAGAAUGCCUCCGACGAGUCGACCAAGAAGCCCCUGCCCUCGGAUGGCGAGAGAAAGCGUAUCCUGAAGGAGGUCAUUGAAGAGCUGGACCGCAUCACCAAGGACAUCAACGAGCUGGAGAAGUACAGCCGCAUCAACUACACCGGCUUCCUCAAGAUUGCAAAGAAGCACGACCGCAAGAGAGGUGGCAGAGUCUCGAGUAUCCGCCCUUUGGUCAAGUCUAGAAUGGCCGAUGUUCCCUUCAACAACGAGGACUACUCACCUCUCCUCUACCGCCUGUCGGCCAUGUACUCUUUCGCACGUCAGAACCUCGAGGGCAAGGACCGUCCUGUAUCGCUCGUAGAGUCCAUCGCUGGCGAGGAAAGCUACACCUCGCACAAAUUCUGGGUGCACAUGGACAACCUGCUCGAAGUAAAGACCGUCAUCCUUCGUCGUCUGCCUGUCCUGGUCUACAACCCUCAGACCGAAAAGAUCGCCGAGGGCACCCAGCAAGACCCUUCCAUCACUUCCAUCUACUUCGACAACCCCGACUUCAACCUGUAUUCGGCAAAGGUCGAGCACAAGACCGACGCUUCCAACCUCCGCCUGAGAUGGUAUGGCAAGCUAUCGCAGAAGCCCGAGAUCAUGUUUGAGAAGAAGACUGUCAAGACCGAAAACACCAGCGCCGACGAGCGCUUCCCUAUCAAGGACAAGUAUAUCCAGCCCUUCAUCAAGGGUGACUACCACAUGGAAAAGGCAAUCGAGAAGCGCUCUUCUCGCCAAGUCUCUGAGGACGCUCUGGAGUCGUUCAAGAAGGGCAUCAACGAUAUCCAGUCGUUCAUCAAGGAUAACGAGCUGCAACCAGUUCUCCGUGCCAACUACACUCGUACUGCCUUCCAGAUCCCUGGUGACGACAAAGUUAGAAUCUCUAUCGACACCAACCUUGCCUUCAUCAGAGAAGAUGCCAUCGACUCUGAGCGUCCGUGUCGCGACCCGGAAGACUGGCACCGCAGAGACAUCGACGAUGGUGAGAUGGAGUGGCCCUUCAAGUCUAUCCGUAAGGGUGAACUUGCCACCUUCCCUCAUGCCAUCCUCGAGAUCAAGGUCAAAAACGACAAGAAUUACGAAUGGAUUGAUGAUCUGAUGAAUUCGCAUCUUGUCAAGGAGGCACCCAAGUUCUCUAAAUUCGUGCAUGGUGUCGCUUCUCUCUUCGAGGACAAUGUCAACACUUUCCCCUUCUGGCUCUCAACGCUGGAGGAGGAUAUUCGUCAAGAUCCUGAAGAGGCCUUUGAGAAGGAGCAGGCCAAGAAGCAAAAGCAACAGGAAGAUGAGCUUGCUGUUGGAAGUCUGAUGAAGAGCAAGAGCCACUCAUCAUACAAGCCUGGCAAGAUGUCUCCCGUCGGUUCACCCACUGACAAGGGCAGCUACCUUGACCGUCGUGCAUCUCGUCAAAGUCAGAUGCAGAUUGGCGGUCAAUCUCUUGGAAGUGUUGCCCGCUCUCAACCUACCGGUAUGGCUGCCGUCGCAGAUGAGCCAGACUCUGACGAUGAUGGUCGCCAAGCUCAUGGUACCGAGGUCCAAGCAACGACGCAGUCUGGACUGCAGACCUUGUUCCCAUCCUUCUCGACUUCCAAGUACGCUCGGAACCGCCGUGACCGCGACAUGCCUCUGCCUCCUGGUGUCCAGAAGCCUGAGUAUUGGAUCAAGGAUCAGGGCCCCGUCAAGGUCGAAGCCAAGGUCUGGCUUGCCAACCAGCGUACUUUCAUCAAGUGGCAGCAUAUCACUGUUCUCCUCGCUUCUUUGAGUCUGGGUCUUUUCAACGCUGCUGGCGAAGAAAACAACAUCGCUCGUGCACUGGCGCUCGUCUACACUCUUGCGGCAGUCUUCAGUGGAGUCUGGGGCUGGGGUGUUUACCAAUGGAGAAGUCGCCUUAUCGAACAAAGAAGUGGCAAAGACUUCGACGCUCUGACUGGCCCUGUAGUUGUCUGUGUCGGCCUUUUCGUCGCUCUUAUCCUGAACUUUGCUUUCAAGUACCAAGAGAUGCGCGACAAGACAAAGCAUCAUCAAGGUCAUGGACAUGCCCUGAACCAGAGUCAGUCUAUGUUCGGCAUGGAUGAGUUGAAGUGA